AUGUCGGUCUGGAUCUCUACUCAUGGCUCAGCGGGCCUUAUCCUAGGAGAAGACUCCUCCUCCUUCACCAAGACAUCCCAAAUCUCCAGUGGUGCCUUCCGCUCCAUCGCGCACAAUCAGGCCCGUUGCUAUGUCCUCUACCCCCUCCCUAGCCCUCCUCAACACACAACACACCUCAGUGCCGUCGCUGUCGACUUCAUGGCCGACAGUGCCUACGUCGACUGCUUCGAGCUCAUGUCCGGCAACCACUCCCUCCACAAGGAAGACAAGCUGGAGACGGGCCAGAGGUUUAACAUCCCGCUGCCCAGUGGCGUGAAGCCUGCCGAAGGCAAGGGUCUCGCUCUCUGUCUUCAGCUCGUCUUCCGUAGCGUCAAUGGCAUGAUCAGCGUCCAGUCCGCCGCGGUGGAGGCAGUCGUGAGGGCCCCCCGAGGCCCAAAGAUUCUCAAGUCCGACAGUGGCACCUGGAAGACCGAUGAUGUGAGGCCGUGGAAUCAACCGCAGACACAUACACAGGCCCGGGUGGUGUUUGACACAGAUUUCACCACGGUACCCUCGGUGACAGUGGGCAUUACAGGGCUCGAUGCCGGUAAUGAGGCCAACGUGAGGGUAAAGGCUUACGCGUCUAACGUUGAUAAGUUGGGUUUUACUGUGCACGCGGAUAGCUGGGGUGACACCACUCUGUAUAGUUGUACCAUCUCUUGGGUAGCACUUGGCGUUUAG